UAUCGAUGCACUUCUGACAUCGCUACCAAAAAAAUAAACAGAAUCGGUGGAAAAAAAAGAAAAACAAGAACGAAAAAUACAACAAAAGCGCACCUACAGCAGCUAGGCGCGCAUGCAAAUACCUAACUACUAGGCCACCGGUCGCAUCCUGAACAUGUCCUGCGGCGAGAGACGCAGCGCCUAGACCAGCGCCGCCGCCGCCCCCGGGAGCGCCCUGCUUGCCACGCAAUUAUGCAAGUUGCAGCCGCGGAAUUAACUGUACUCGCCUCGCUGCCAGUGGAAGUGGAAGGGGAGGGCUGGAAGAGCAGCACCCAGAGUCGACAUGAGCCAGAGACAUUCCGAGCCAUUCUACAUAUCGCCCCGGCUGUUCGACAACCGGCGGCUUAAACGGCGUCGCUGCCGCUGGAUGGAACGUUUGCGCGAACGCCAGCGGGUCUGCAUGGCCCAGAUGCGCGUCCAGGCGAUUACCUCCAAGACUGAUGGCCGGCGGCAGCGCCGCGGAGGCGCCGCCCUGCCUGCGGCAGUGACCAUUGACCUGUUGUCGGACGACGACGAGGACGAGCAGGAGGCGGCUGGCCCGUCCGCCGGCCACAGCCGCCUGCUGCUAAUUCCUACUACUGCCCUGACAGCGCGUCGUCCACCAGUUAGAUUGGGACGGCGUCAAGGAAACGCCGCUCAGCCACAGACAACGUUCCCGAUCCCAACCGAGAGCAUUCUAAUAACCAGCGACGAUGAGAACAAUGGCCACCUAACGACAUCGGGCCGGCUGGUGUCUAUGCGGACGCGCUCGCCCCCGCCGCUGGCACCGCUAACGCUUUCGGAUACCAUCGAGGAAGUCACCGUGUCGCUGGUGCCGCGCAGCUCCACCACAGCCAACUGUCAGGCGCGCCAGAUGCGGAACUCAUAUCUUUACAAGACCAUGGCUACAGCGCCGCCCACUAAUGGAGAAGGAGGCAGCAGCUCAGGCGAUACGAGCGGUUAUCUGGAAGUGGAUGUGGGCGGUGCCAUAACGGCCACGCUGCCGGAUGAGACCACCGUCCACACGGUCAUUGCCAACCGCAUCUACGAGCUCUCGCUUAGCAAGCUACGCGAGGGCCUGGCCUCCAGCGGUGUGCCGGAGUACUCGCAUGAUCUGCUGCCGGAGCAGCUGCAAAAGCUAUCGCCAGCGCUGCGCGCCAAGGUGGCGCCACUAGUGGCCCCGUCGCCGCCCACGCCCAUCUCGCUGAAGCUGUCCAGCGACCUCAGCAUAUCACUGAUCUCAGAUGACGAUGACUGCGAGAGUAGCAGCGGUCCGCAGGCCAACAGCAGUGGUUCCAGCGGUAACGGCGGAGGAGGAUACAAGUCCGAGCUAGUACAUCCGGUCAAAGUGGCCGCAGCGGAGGCCCAUGCGGCCGCCAAGCUGCUCAAGCAACAGCAGCCACAGUUGUCGGUGGUGCAGCACCUGCAAUAUGGCGGCGGCGGUCGGACGGUGCCGGUGGCCCUGGCUUUACCGGUGAUGGCACAGUCUACGUCGUCAUCCUCGGCAGCGGUGGCCCUUCCUGUCCUCCAGUUGCCGCGACGCCGUAAGCUGGGCUAAGACCUUGGGACUUGUGGCCAUAAUGUAAACAUUCCCCCAAGUAGACUUUACUCUUAGUGCAAAUAUGGAAGUAGGCUUAGUCACUCCCACAGUUUUUCCCAGUUAGUUAUGCUUAUUAUUUUCUCCCCCUCAAUCUCUUUCUUUCUCUCUCUUACGCACUCUAUUUCUUUCCUUAUCAACCCCUACCUCUUCCUGUCUCUGUCUUUCUCAUAUUUUAAGCUUUAAAAAGGAACGAGAUGCAACGUACAAAAAGAAAGUAGAAAGAAAGACUUCAUCUUUCGCAAUACAACAAAAUUGUAAAAUUUAUAUAGGAGAGAGUAUGCAAAAUAGGAGAAUAUAAGGUGGAAUGCUACGGAUAUUCCGCAAAGAAUAUUUCGAAAAGAACCCCAAUAUUUAUACCAAGUACAAGUAGGUUAGUUUAAGUCUUAUAUUAAGUGUGAUUAAGCGAGGAUGGAGACCCUUCUCUGUAUUACAUUUACAUUACAAAACUGAUUACCAAAAUCGGAAUAAACUUGCUCUUGUAUAUAUA